AUGGAGAACGUGGCUUGCGCCGACCAGGCGUUUGCUGAGCGGGCGGGCGUUUAUGCGGCCGAGCACGAUGUGUACGGCCUCCUGGCCAGCAUGCUUCGGCACGUUGUCGAGACGCAGCCUGCAGACCCGCUGCGGGCCAUGGCGACGUUCCUCGGCGCCGCGCCUGUCCCGCGCAUUGUGGUGCUCGGCGCGCCUUGCGCGGCAACGGGCGCGGCUGCAGCUGGGCUGGCAGCUGCGCUCGGCGCGGUUCACGUCGACGUGGCGCAGGUCCUGGCGUCGGCCGGCCACCUCGCCGACGUUGCGGCCUCGUUUGCCGAGGUCCCGGACCAGGUCGUUGUCGAGCUCACCCUCGCCGCCGUCCGUACACCGGCACCGACUGCGCGCGGCUGGGUCCUCCACGGCGCGCCGCUCUCGCGGCUGCAAGCGCUGUCCAUGCAGGCCCAAGGCCUGCUGCCGGACACCGUCCUCGAGCUGGUCCUCCCGGCCGACGCCGCGCCCGACACCGCCUCCGACCCGGCUCAGCUCGCCGCUUAUGCCCGUGCGCUUCCGCACCUCCGUGCUGUCUUUGCUCCGACGCUGCGGACCGUCGAGCUGGCCGACGCCGACGCCAACGCCGACGACGCCGCCGACGCCAUGCUUGCCGCCCUCGGCCGCCCGGCCGCCUCAAAGUCGCGUUCACGAUUCCAGCUGCUUAUCCUCGGUCCGCCGGGCUCGGGCAUCUCCACCGCCGCCGCCGCUGUCGCUGACCGCUACAACCUCGUCCAUGUUGCGCCGCGUAUGCUGCUCCGCGCUGCCGUCUCCGGCGAGACGCCGCUCGGGCACAAGGCCGAGGCUCACAUCAACGACCCGGUCCUCCCGGCCGAGCUAGUAGCCGAGGCUGUCGUCGAGGCCCUCUCAGCGCCCGCCGCGCAGCGCCGCGGCUGGGUCCUUGAGGGCACAGACCUUGACGAGCUUGCGUACAAGGCCCUCGGCGAUGCCGGCCUCGCCCCGCUCCGGGCCUACUUUCUGGACGUCCCGCGCGAUGUCGCCCUCGCUCGCCUCGAGCACCUCAAGGUCGACCCGUUUACCGGCAAGGAGUGGCACACUCACCGCGACGUUGUGCCAGACGUCAUUGCGCGCCGCCUCCGUCCGCGCAGCCAGUAUGCACCCGAUGUCCUUGCCGCCCGUUGGGCCGCGUACGACGCCACCGUCCCUCUCCUCCUCGAGAACCUCGGGCCAAAGCUCACUGUCUUUGACGCCACCCGUCCGGCGGUCAACGUCGCUGAGCUUAUCAUUGCCCACGCAAUCUCGCCAGCCGAGCCGGCUGCAGCCGCAGCGGACGCCGCUGGCUCCUCUGCGCUCCUCCCGCACCAAGUGCCAGUCCAAGGCACCGGCGCGCUCGGUCUCCGCUCGCCGCGAGUUCCACGUCGCACUCGCCCGGUCAACCUCCGCGCCACGCCUGCCGAAACUGAGCCUUUAGCUGCCCAGCCGGCAGCAGCGGCGGUGCCCGCUGCAGCGGCGCCGGCACCGCAAACCCACCGCUCGCGCCGUGCCCCGCUCGCAGUCUGCAUCGUCGGCCGGCCGGGCUCGGGCAAGACAACCCAGGCUGCGCGCCUCGCGGCCUCUGAGGGCCUUGUUCACAUCCAGCCGCAUGCGCUGCUUGCCACCGAGAUCGAGCGCAAGACGCCGCUCGGCGCACGCGCCAAGCCUUACAUCGACGCGCUCCGCAUGCCCGACGACGUUAUCCUCGACGUCAUCAAGCAGCGCCUUGCUGCGUCAGACAUCGCCUCCGGCUCGGUCGGCUGGGUCCUCGACGGUUUUCCGGAGACUGAGUGGAUGGCAUCCCAGCUUCACGACGACGGCGUCGACAUCAACCGCUACAUCUGCCUUGAUGUCUCCGAGGAUUGUGCGCGCACUAGGCUGCAGGGCCGGGUCGUCGACCCAGAGACCAUGAUCCUCUAUCACCGGACUCUUGUUCCGCCGCCAGCAGACGUUGCCGACCGCGUCGCCGAGUUUGAGGAGGACGACGAAGAGUUUAUCAUCUCGCGCCUGCAGCACUACGCCUCGCACUCGCAGGGCUCGCACGACUUUCAUUCGGACCUUUACGUCCACGUCGCCGGCGAGGGCUCGCCUGACGAGGUCGCCGCCCGGGUCGUCGCCGCCGCCCAGUCUGCACCCGACGCCGCGCCCCCGCCGUCGUCAGUCUCACAGCUCUACCAGGACGGCGCACUCCGAGUCCUUGUUGUCGGCCCGCCGGCGUCCGGCGCCACCACCCAGGCCGCCAUUCUCGCAGACAAGCUCGGCGUCGGCCUCAUCUCGCCGCGCCUCGUCCUCGAAGAGCAGGCUGCUGCCGGGUCCGAGCUCGGCCUCGCCGCACACGCUUACCUCGAUGCGCCGGUUGUUCCAGACCACCUCCUCCUUGCCGCCGUCAAGCUGCGGCUUGCCGACGCCGACACGAACUCCGGCUGGGUCCUCGACGGCUACCCCGAGACCAAAGCCGCUGCUGUCGAGCUCGCGCAGCUCGACAUCCGGCCGCACCGGGUCGUCGUUCUCACCGGCUCGGAUGCGCAGCUCGCCCGCCGUGCCAAGCUCGACGCCCGUAACCUCGACGACCACUCGGCCGCCAUGCUUCGCUAUCGCGCCCGUGCUGUCGACUUUGAGACGUACUUUUCCAAGGUUCUCGUCCGCAUCGACGCCACUCAUGACGCCGGCGCUGUCGCCGACACUGUCGAGGCGGCCCUCACUGCUGCCGAGUCGUCGGCGUCGGGUGCCCGCCUGCUUGUCGUCGGCCCGCCGCACGCAGGCACCCACCGCCUCGCCGCGGCCCUGGCCUCGGCGCUCUCGCUCGCUAGCGUCUCGCCGGCCGCCGUUCUCGCCGCGGAAAUAACCGCGUCGACUUCGCUCGGCCUCGCCGCCGCUCCCUACGCCGCCUCGGGCGCCUAUCCCGCCGACCUCCUCGCCAAGGCCGUUGUUGCCAAGCUCGCCUCGCCCGACGCCGAAAACGGCUUUGUGCUCGACGGCUACCCCGCAGACGUCGCCGCACUCUCGGCGCUCCGCGCCGCAGGCUUUGACCUCGACGCCGUCAUCGUCGUCCAGCUCUCCGAUGACGACGUCCGCGCUAAGGCUGCCGCCGCUACCGCGCUCCGCUCGUCCGAGCCCUUUGACGCCGCCCAGCUCCGCAAGUACCACGCCGCGCUCCCGGCCCUCUUCGCCGCCCUUGCCAACUCGGCCGCGGUGCUUAAGGUCAACGGCGCCGCACCCACCGCCACCCUCGCACACUCAGUCACCUCGGACCUUGCCACCCGCGGCAUCGUCGCGUAA